AUGAACAGGCGCGCCGACACUCAUCAACCUCGUCCUCGUCCAAAGCAUUCUCUCAGACUCAGACACCUAACGAGCUUCAAUAAAUUCCAUCACCUGCCCCGGCCCCUAUUAAUUGAUACACGCAACUUAAAUGUUCACAGAGAAAUCAACAACUUCGUCAAAAACAUACAUCUUCUUCAGUUACUGAACUUAAUUUCGCCGUUUCAUAUAUAACGGCAAUGUAUCUUCUUCCCGGAAGCUGAUCAACCGAGUUAACUGAUAUACAUGGCUUCCUCCUCAUCUUGCUCGUUGUUGUCAUUCCGGUUAUUGUUGUUAAUGUUCUUCUGCAUUUCCGUUAUUGCUCUUGGCUCAUCACCAGAUGAAGAGAAUUACAAUGAUUCUGAUAUAAUUGACGACGGAUUUCUGCAGAAAGAGUGCUUAACAACACCAACAUCAGUGUUUUUGAAGUCGGUACGGUUAGCGAUUGAGGAAGUAGAGAAGGUUACCUCUAUUGUUUCGAAAUUUACAGGUGCUUUCUCUCACAAUUUCAGAUUAUCACAUGCUGUAACCGAUUGUCUUGAUCUGCUUGAUUUCACCGCCGAAGAGUUGAGCUGGACACUGAACUCUGCUCAACAACACCUUCUACACCAUCAUCCUCAGAACAACACUCCUGAUGCAGGGACAUGGUGGCAACCUACUUGGAACAAGGGAAGAAAGAAUGGGCACUGUAACGAGAGACCAUCAUCGUUGCCGUCGAAAUCAAGAUCAUCCAGCAGACUACUAGCAGAUGAUCUAAGGUCAUGGUUGAGUGCGGCACUCGGAAAUCAAGACACCUGCAUUGAAGGAUUUGAGAAGACUAGUAGCAUUUUUGUUCAGCAGAUGAUUGCAGGAGGACUCAAGCAUGUUACAUCACUUGUUUCGGAUGUUCUUUCCAUGGUACGUCAUGAAGAGCAUCCUCAACGUCACCGGAACCGGACGUCGUCUAACGGACAAACGAUUAAUAAGGUGGCGAAAAAGGAAAGAAGGCGUAAUUUCCCUUCAUGGAUGCAUAUUAGAGACAGGAGACUAUUGCAGCUAAAUCCUCCUCCACCACCAGCGAUCAGCAAUAACGGUACUGCUAAUGCAACCAAUUACGGAAAUAUGACCAUUAAUGUGGUUGUUGCUGCCGAUGGAUCCGGGAACUUCACUAAGAUCAUGGACGCAGUAGCGGCAGCUCCUGACAAGAGUACCAACAGGUUUAUCAUCUACAUUAAAAGAGGAAUUUACAAUGAGAAUGUGGAUAUUAAGAAGAAGAAAUGGAAUCUUAUGAUGAUUGGUGACGGCAUGAACGCAACUGUUAUUACAGGCAAUCGGAGCUUCAUUGAUGGCUGGACCACAUUCAGGACGGCGACUUUCGCUGUAUCUGGAAGAGGGUUCAUCGCGAAAGACUUAACAAUAGAGAAUACAGCAGGAGCAGUGAAGCACCAGGCAGUUGCACUUCGAUCUGAUUCAGACCUAUCCGUCUUCUACAGAUGCGGGAUCACGGGAUACCAAGACACACUGUACGCGCACUCCCUCCGUCAGUUCUACAGGGAGUGUCUAAUCACCGGAACGAUUGAUUUCAUAUUUGGUAACGGAGCCGUUGUCUUCCAGAAAUGCGAUAUACUAGCGAGAAAACCCCUUCCAGAUCAGAAGAACUCCAUUACUGCUCAAGGCCGCAAAGACCCGAAUCAGAACACCGGAUUUUCCAUUCAGUUUUCGAACAUCUCCGCAGAUUCAGACCUGGCUGCUGCUGCAUCUGUCCCUAGUUAUAACGCUUCUACAAAUACUACGACGCGACCCACUCAGACAUAUCUGGGGAGACCCUGGAAGCUGUAUUCAAGAACAGUUAUCAUGAAAUGUUACAUGGGAGAUUUGAUAAGGCCAGAAGGAUGGCUGGAAUGGAAUGCGACUUUUGCACUGGAUACACUUUUUUACGCGGAGUACAUGAAUUACGGACCGGGUGCAGGAUUAGGGAAAAGAGUGAACUGGCCUGGAUAUCUAUUGAUGAAUGAUUCGUCACAGGCGAUUAACUACACGGUGGCUCGGUUUAUUGAUGGCAAUUCUUGGUUGCCGUCAACUGGAGUUACGUACACUGCCGGUCUGGACAUGUAGUGUGCAUUGGCAACAACAACGGCGUCUGUUUUAAGAUGAGAUUUUGCCUUGAACUGAUUGUCGAGGCGCGAUAUGCAAGAAGAUAAUUCUUUUGAUGAACAUUGAUCAAUUCAGAUAUAUAUUUAUGUGCACCAUAACUGUAUUUUGUUCUUCUAGUACCCACAACCUGUUCAAGACGACUACUUCUAUCUUUAAAUGAAGCUAGUCAUAUUUAUAGUUUUACAUUAUUAUCUGUAGC